AUGGCCACUGAACAACCCAAGAAGUCGAUGCUCUACACGCGUACUGGUGACAAAGGCGAGUCGUCCCUCUACAAUGGCGAGCGUCGCCUCAAGACCGACAGGAUCUUUGAGGCCCUGGGAGCCGUUGACGAGCUCAACUCUGCCAUCGGAAACGAUGCAUCCGAAACUCAGCUCAGAAACACGGCGUUUGAUGAUGGGCAUAUCGAGAAGCUGGAGGGUUGGAUCGAUACUCUUGACUCGAAUCUCCCUCCUCUGCGCAACUUCAUCCUCCCUUCCGGUGGCGAGUCCAGUAUCUUCUUGCACCAGGCGCGUUCCAUCUGCAGACGCGCUGAGCGAACUACUAUCCCCGUCGUCGAGGCCAACGACGCCGACGAGUCUGUUCUCAAGUACCUCAACCGUCUGAGCGAUUAUUUGUUCGCGGCAGCCAGAUAUGCAGCCAAGUUUGAAGGAUUGGAAGAGAACGUCUACAAGAAGGCCAAGAGUGGUCGUGAGGCCUCCAUCCAAACCCGCGCCCUCUGA